CCUCAAAAUCCUAUUGUCAUUGCCAUUGUCAGUAAAACUAUACCUAAUGUGAGACACCAAAACUCCGUAUAGUUAUUUAGGGGUUUGAAAGGGGCUCAUAUAUAUACAGGGAAAUUCCAAAAUUUCAUCUUUCCAUCGCGGGGCUUUUCUAUUGAAAUUGCCAAGUUUCCCCUAAAAUCCCACCGCCCAUGUCUGAUUAAUCUGGAGACAAAUUGGGGGUUUUUCCAAAAAGUGCGACCGAAAUUCUUGAAAAAAUGGAGGGCAAAGAACUGACCGACAACAUUAUUCGAAACAUUGUGAGCGAAGUUCUGAGGGAAUGCAAAAACCAUCAGAUAAGAGCAUCUGCGGAAUUUAUCGCCUUCUAUAUCAGCCUGUUGCAACUGGAUCCAAACCGAGGCUUGAGUUAUGAGUUUCUCACCAAUCGCGGAAAAGUUCAGAGUUUCAUCAAGUAUCUGGUGGGCAACUUGGGGGCGAAAGACGACGCAAAAAUUCUCACUUUGAGGCUGCAGCACGAAUUCCGCAGCUACAUCAAGGAGCUGGAUGAAACCGUCAUCCAUUUCCGGAGGCGACUCAGUUCGAAGCUCUAUCCGCUACUGCUAAACAUUAUAGAGCAGGAUAAUGGGAAUAGAGGCGAGCAGCUUUACAAGAAAAUAUGCAUCUAUGUUAUUAUGGCUUCGGGGCUGGGCAAUCCGAACGAAAAGCCUGUGUUCAAAGAGGCCUUGCAGGUGUUGAAAAGCAUCCUGGACGAGGAGGAAAUCGACGUUUUCCCAAGUCUACAGAACUACAUCAAGCAGGAGGUGAUUGGGUGUUUGGUUGAUCUUAUCACGGGCAUUCGCCUCUAUAAUAAAGCCUGCAAAAAGGGCGGCGAAGGAAUGCUGGAUCUCCCUGAUUUAAUGGCUCACGCACUAACGGCCGUUAAAUAUGAAGUGGCCGAAAGCAUCGAAAUGGCAGUUUAUAGAGCUGAAAUCCUAACUGAAGCCGUGAAGAGGAACAUGGUGGUAAUGCGUCGAACGAAAGACGAAUGGGGAAUCGUUUUGGAGUUUAAGAAUGAAGCUGAAAAAAUCCAAUGGGAAUACACACGAGAUCUUGCAGCCACUCAUCGACAGUUGAGCAAAACUUUCCGGAUACUGCUGGAGUCGAUUUCCGAGCUGGAAAAGCACCGAAAGACUCUGCACGAUCAAUUCAAUUCGAUCAUCGAAACUUUGAAUAAGAUCGUGAUCCCAACGCUAUAUCAAGCCGUUACCGAUGUCUUUCCCCAUUUCGCACAAUUGACCGGGAUAUGGAAGGAGCUGCAAGACGAUGCCAUUCGUCUCAGAGGCAUUUCGAACAUUUUCAAAAUCCAAGCGCAGCUGAUAUUUAGCUUGAAAAUCGAUGCAGUUUUGGAACAGAAACAGCCGAAUGACCAACUGUUGGAGACAGUGGAUUGGAAGGGCCAGGAACUGAUCACCAGAGUGAUCAGUCCUUAUAUCCGCAUCCACACGGAUACCUCAAAAAUUACGAAAAAAGACCUGGAGUUUCAUGGUUAUUGCUGUUGGAUAUUGAUAAAUACAGGCGGUGCCCUAAUCCCGGCCAAUAUUCCCUUGGGAGUCGUUGAAUAUAAGCACCGAUAUUAUGGGUUUUCGUCGAAAAUGGCUGCCAACUGUUUUUGCGCCAAUCCGGAAUCGUACAUCAUGAAUACGAUUGAUUUGGCUCGCAAAUCGGUUCAUCUCAUCAAAUUUCUGGAUCUGGAGGACCGAUUGAAGAAAAAACUGCACAUUAAAACGCUCAUCGAGAAAAAAGUCCAGCCAAAAGCGGUAGCCUAUUCCAGAGCCAAUCAAACGGACACGCACUUUGAGGAGGGCAAUAUAGACCGUAAUUAUAUGUGGAAUAUUUGGGAGUAUAAAGCAAAAUUGCUAAAACAGAGCAAGUUGAUGUCGAAAGGGACCAAAGCUACUGAAACCCUUCGAACUCAUCAGAAAGAAUCCACUCGCGUCCAGACGCACUGGAUGGCAAAUCAGACAACCCAAACCAUGUCAAAUGGGGCAACAAAUACCAAGAAACCCCAAAAUUUCUUCUAUGGAUUGCGAGGAAUACGAGCAAAUUAUCCGUUCGUGAUGGAUCUCAAACAACCCGAGAAGCUUUGACAAAUUUGCUAAACAAAAUGCGUUUUUUCUUUGUUUAAAGCCCACUUUUGUCUACAACCAGAUGCAAGAUGCACAGGGAUUAAGAGCGAAUAAUGAAUCUUUUUACUGUCGGUGUUUUUCUGUUGGAAAUAGCGACAUCAAACAAUGGAUGUUUGUCGGCUUUGCCACUUGAUUUUAUCCCAUGCAGAUUUAUCGAUAGCUAAUUCCAGUGGCGAAUUUACAGAGUGUUCAAAGAACGCCUCUUCCGAAUAAAAUCAUCCAACAGAAA